AUGGGCGUCGCCAUCGGGUCGUCCAUCCAGAUCGCGAUCUUCGCGAUCCCCUUUGCAGUCAUCACCGGAUGGGUCGUCGGCCGCCCCUUCUCCCUCGACUUUGACCCCUUUGCCGUGCUCGCGCUGGUGGUGGCGGUGCUGCACGCGAAUUUCGUGACCGCGGGCGCGAGCAGCCACUGGCUCAUGGGGGUGGAGCUGAUAGCCACUUAUGUGCUGAUCGCGACGGCGCUCGUGUUCCGGUGA